AUGGCUGAGAAGGGGAUUGACCCAACCUCCGUCUCCAUCGCCUUGGAGGACUCCUUGUGCAAUGCUGGCUCCCAGGACGCGCCUCUCCUGACCACCCACCUGAAGAAGGUGGAGAAUCACAUCACAGAGGCGCAGCGGUUCUCGCACCUGCCCAAGCGUUCGGCCGUGGACAUCGAGUUCGUUGACCUGUCCUACUCCGUCCGUGAGGGCUCCUGGUGGAGAAAGAGAGGCUCUGACUGGCCCCUGUGUCUGCUCCCUGCCCCGCAGGUCUCUGCUCACCUGAAGCUGAAUGAGAAGCAGGAGGUGAAGAAGGAGCUGGUGCAGGAGAUCCUGACGGCGCUGGGGCUGCUGGAGUGCUCCUAUACCCGCACCCUAUCGCUGUCCGGGGGGCAGCGCAAGCGCCUCGCCAUCGCCCUGGAGCUGGUCAACAACCCCCCCGUCAUGUUCUUCGACGAGCCAACCAGUGGGCUGGACAGCGCCUCCUGCUUCCAAGUCGUCUCUCUGAUGAGGUCCCUGGCCCAGGGAGGCCGCACUAUCAUCUGCACCAUUCACCAGCCCAGUGCCAAGCUCUUCGAAAUGUUCGACAAGCUGUACAUCCUGAGCCAGGGCCAGUGCAUCUUCAAAGGGGUGGUGCCCAACCUCAUCCCCUAUCUGAAAGGGCUGGGCCUGCAUUGCCCCACCUACCACAACCCGGCUGACUUCAUUAUCGAAGUGGCCUCAGGCGAGUAUGGAGACCUCAAUCCAUUGCUGUUCCGUGCCGUCCAGAACGGGCUGUGCACCAUGGCCGAGAAGAAGAGCAGCCCGGAGAAGACGGACUCCUCCUGCCCAGUCCCCUGCGUGACGGACGUGGAUCAUAUUGAGAGCCACACAUUUGCCACCAGCACCAUGACCCAGUUCUGCAUCCUCUUCAAGAGAACGUUCCUGUCCAUCAUGAGAGACACGGUCCUGACCCACCUGCGGUUCAUGUCCCACAUCUGCAUCGGGGUGCUCAUCGGGCUGCUCUACCUGCACAUCGGCAACGACGCCGGCAAGGUCUUCAACAACACCGGCUUCCUCUUCUUCUCCAUGCUUUUCCUCAUGUUCGCCGCCCUGAUGCCCACUGUCCUCACAUUCCCUCUGGAGAUGUCUGUGUUCCUGAGAGAGCACCUGAACUACUGGUACAGCCUAAAGGCCUAUUACCUGGCCAAGACCAUGGCAGACGUGCCCUUCCAGGUGAUCUGCCCCAUAGCCUACUGCAGCAUCGUGUACUGGAUGACAGGCCAGCCCCCGGAGGCCACCCGCUUCCUCCUCUUCUCCGCCCUCGCCACCUCCACCGCCCUGGUGGCACAGUCUCUGGGGCUUCUGAUCGGAGCAGCUUCCACCUCCUUGCAGGUGGCCACGUUCGUGGGACCGGUCACUGCUAUCCCCGUCCUGCUCUUCUCCGGCUUCUUCGUCAGCUUCAAGACCAUCCCCACGUACCUGCAGUGGACCUCGUAUGUCUCCUACGUCAGGUACGGCUUCGAGGGCGUCAUCCUCGCCAUCUACGCCAUGGAGCGUGAGGACCUGGAGUGCCGGGAGACUCCCUGCCCCUUCCAGAAUCCCAUCAGGAUCCUCCAGGAGCUGGACGUGGAAGAGGCCAAACUCUACCUGGACUUCAUCAUCCUGGGCAUCUUCUUCCUCGUUCUGCGGCUCUUGGCCUACCUGGUCCUCAGGUACAAGGUGAAGUCUGAGAGAUAA